CCUGGGAGCCCCGGCGCCAUCCGUGCGCGCGCAAACCGCCGCGGAGUCCCGAGCACAGUCCCUGCGCGCGUCGCAGCUCCGGCCUCCGCGCCUCGCCCCGCCAUGCUCCUGCUGCUGGGGCUGUGCUUGGGGCUGCAGCUCUGCGCUGGGUCGCUGGAAGAAGCGCGGGGCUGGGAUGGCUCUUCAGAGCAAGUUGGGCUCAGGGUUCCAAGACAAGUCAGGCUGUUGCAAAGGCUGAAAACGAAGCCCUUGAUGACAGAGUUCUCGGUGAAGUCUACCAUUAUUUCUCGCUAUGCCUUCACUUCAGUUUCCUGCAGAAUGCUAAACAGAGCAUCUGAGGACCAGGAGACUGAGUUUCAGAUGCAGAUUCCAGCUGGAGCUUUCAUCACCAACUUCACCAUGCUUAUAGGAGACCAGGUGUAUCAGGGAGAAAUUACAGAGAAAGAAAAGAAAAAUGGUGAGAUGGUAAAAGAGAAAAGGAAUAAAACUACCACAGAAAAUAAUGGGGAGAAGGGGACUGAAAUGUUCAGAGCUUCUGUGGUGAUUCCCAGCAAGGACAAGGCUGCCUUCCUCCUCAGUUAUGAAGAGCUCUUGCAGAGGCGGCUGGGGAAGUAUGAGCAUGUCAUUAGCGUACGGCCCCAGCAGCUGGUGGGGAGGCUGAUGGUGGAAGUGAAUAUUUUGGAACAGUCGGGCAUCACAUCACUGGAGGUGCCAGGGCUGCAGAACAGAAAACAGAAGGGCAGUGGGCGAGGGGAAGAUGGUUCUGGACCACCUCCUUCUACUAUUAUCAACCAGAAUGAAACCUUUGCCAAAGUCACCUUUAAGCCUAGUGUGGUGCAACAAGCUAAGAUCGCCCAGAAUGGCAUUUUGGGAGAUUUCAUCAUUAGAUAUGAUGUCAACAGGGAACAGAGCAUUGGGGACAUCCAGGUUCUAGAUGGCUAUUUUGUGCACUACUUUGCCCCCAAAGACCUUCCUCCUUUACCCAAGAAUGUGGUAUUUGUGCUUGACAGCAGCGCCUCCAUGGUAGGAACCAAACUCCGGCAGACCAAAGAUGCUCUCUUCAGAAUUCUCCAUGAUCUCCGACCCCAAGAUCAUUUCAGUAUCAUUGGAUUUUCCAAUCGGAUCAAAGUGUGGAAGGACCAUUUGGUGUCAGUUACUCCUGACAAUAUCAGAGAUGCCAAAAUCUACAUUCACCAUAUGUCACCCUCCGGAGGCACAGACAUCAACGGGGCCCUGCAGAGGGGCAUCAGGCUUCUUAACAACUAUGUGGCACACAAUGACAUCGAGGACCGGAGCGUGUCCCUCGUCAUCUUCCUGACAGACGGGAAGCCCACCGUCGGGGAGACUCACACCCCGAAGAUUCUCAAUAACACCAAGGAGACGGCCCAGGGCCAGGUCUGCAUCUUCACCAUCGGCAUUGGGAAUGACGUGGACUUCAAGCUGCUGGAGAAGCUGUCGCUGGAGAACUGUGGCCUCACCCGGCGUGUCCUCGAGGAGAGUGACGCGGGCACACAGCUCAUCGGUUUCUAUGAUGAGAUUAGGACCCCUCUCCUCUCUGACAUCCGCAUCGAUUACCCACCUGGCUUCGUGGAACAGACUACCAGAACACUGUUCCCCAAUUACUUUAACGGCUCUGAGAUUAUCAUUGCUGGGAAGCUGGUGGACAGGAAAAUAGAUCAACUGCAUGUGGAAGUCACAGCUAGCAACAGUAACAAAUUUGUCAUGCUGAAGACAGAUGUGCCCGUGGAACCCCGGGAGGUGAGAAAUGAUCCCAGGUCGAAGGGUGAUGGCAAGAACCCCAACCACAUGGAGCGCCUCUGGAGCUACCUCACCAUGAAGGAGCUGCUGAGCUCCUGGCUGCAGAGUGGAGAUGAGCAGGAAAAGGAGGGGCUGAGGCAGAAGGCCCAGGCUCUGGCUGUGAACUCUCACUUCCUCACCCCGUUCACCUCCAUGAAGCUGAAGCAACAGGCCCUGCAGACAGAGCAGCUAGAGGACAUUACCGGCAUGUCAGCUGCCACAGGGCCAGAAACAGUGAUGCAGAGCCUGCACGGGACCAGCGAAAGACCAGGCCCUGCUCUCAAGAAACCAUACAACCCAAGAAUUAAAAUCUCUAAAACUUCAGCGGAUGGAGAUCCCCAUUUCGUCGUGGACUUCCCCUUGAGCAGGCUCACUGUCUGCUUCAACAUCGAUGGGCAGCCUGGGGACAUCCUGAGGCUAGUCUCUGACCAUGUGCACGCCGGCGUGACAGUGAAUGGAGAAUUAAUUGGGGCCCCGGCUCCCCCAAACGGCCACAAGAAACAGCGCACUUACUUCCGCACCAUCACCAUCCUCAUCAAUAAGCCUGAGAGGUCUUAUCUCGAGAUCACCCCCAACAGAGUCAUCUUGGACGGCGGGGACAGGCUGGUCCUCCCCUGCAACCAGAGCGUGGUGGUGGGGAGUCGGGGGCUGGAGGUAACAGUGUCUGCCAAUGCCAACGUCACCGUCACCAUCCAGGGCACUAUUGCCUUUGUCAUCCUCAUCCACCUCUACAAAAAGCCAGCGCCCUACCAGCGAAACCACCUGGGCUUCUACAUCUCCAACAGCAAAGGCCUUUCCAGCCAUUGCCAUGGGCUCUUAGGUCAGUUCCUGAACCAGGAUGCCCAGCUCGCUGAGAUGCCUGCCCAGCCCAGCAAGGACCUUAUGAGCCCCAGCCCCUCACUCCCCGAGUUAGGUGAGAAGUCAGAGGCUGUCUUAAAGGUGAAAGGGCACCAGGUCCCGGUGGUCUGGAAGCAAAGGAAAAUCUACAACGGGGAAGAGCAAAUAGACUGCUGGUUCACCAGGAAUGCGGCCCAGCUGCUGGACGGGCAGUACAAGGACUACCUGGCCACACACCCCUUUGACUCAGAGACUGCUUUUGGCCUGGGAAUGUCCAGGGUACACUAAGGCCUUAAUGGAGAGGGCAUGUCGGGGCAUGGUCUUUGGGGACACGGGCGCCGUUCCCACGCCUGGAGGAGCCACCCUCGGCAUUUGGCUGCACCCGAGGUCUGUCAAGUGGUCUGUAGGUUUGAUGUCUGCUUGAGAGAGGGCAGGGGCAGGAAGCUUCCACUUGCUUCUUCUGCCUCCCUGCAACCCAUCUGCAGUAGAGAAAGAUGGUAGCACCAAAGUGAAGGGUCUAGCCCAAAGCAAGAAUCUAUCUUGUGCCCACUGGCUUGUCCACCUCAUGGCCCACUCUAGGUAACUCUGCUAAAGGAAGGUGCCACACGUUUAUUUUCUCUGUGCCAUGGCCAAGUGUGGGCACUCUGCUUCUUUUGCUUUGUAGAACUGCUUAGGAAUCUCUCUUAGUGCUGCUGGGAUCUCCAGGUGUGAGGCCAGCCUCUGUCUUGGGAGCGCCUCUCGUGGACCCAGGCCCGGGGUCAUCCACCACAGGUAGAGGUCAUCAUUGUUAAACGAUGUCAUCAUAGAUGAGGACUUUGUCCUGUUGUGACAUCUUGCCUUUGGGAUUUCAGUUUUCUUUUUCAAAAGAUCAUGGGAAGUAGAAAAUCUGCAUCCCAGAUUUUACUCUCUUCCUGAAGACUUUGUGAACCAUUUGACUUUGCUGAUGGGUACUCUUCCUAUUUAUUCCAGUAAGCUAAAUGCUUUUAAUAAACAGGACAACCCU